AUGAUUCAAAGGGCUACCACGAGAUCCCGAUACCACCAUAUAUCAUCAGUAAUGGUUCCACACGCCCCCGAAGACCAAGAGAUGGAGGAUGAGAGGGCAGAGACAGUACGUCUGCAGCCUGUAGGAGAAUCUUCUUCAGCCAUGGCAACUAAGGAAGUCUCUGAAGAGGAGGACGAAUAUGACCCCCAUGAUCAUCGGCAAACGUCGAAACCAACAAAUGACUUGGAGACAUUGGUGCAUCUUCUGAAGUGCAGUUUGGGAACUGGUAUCUUGGCCAUGCCACAGGCGUUCGCUCGCUCCGGACUUGUUACCGGCAUUAUUGCAACUGUCUUUGUGGGAAUCCUAGUGACACACUGCUUACACGUACUUGUUCGAUCCCAGUACGCAGCAUGCAAGCGACUUCGCGUGCCACUGCUAACGUACCCCGACUCCGUAGCUGCCGCGUUAGGCUGCGGCCCAGAGGCACUCCGCCGUUUCGCAAAACCCGCUGCUUUAGCCGUCGAUGUCUUCCUCGUCGUUUACCAACUUGGCAUCUGCUGUGUUUAUAUUGUAUUCAUUGCAGAUAAUAUCAAGAAGGUGUGCGACCCGUACUACGAAAUGGCGGUAGAAAUCCAUAUGCUUAUCAUCCUGGGGCCACUGAUGGCUUUCAAUUUGAUUCCAAGUUUGAAGUUGCUAGCCCCGUUCUCAGCUCUGGCUAACGUGAUGACGUUCGUGGGGCUGGGCAUCGUGGUCUACUAUCUAUUGACGGAGGAAAAGUCAAAAAAACCCCUGGAUUUAUGGGGCUCAGCUGAAACAUUCCCCUUGUUCUUUGGAACUAUAUUAUUUGCGCUGACUGCUGUGGGAGUGGUGAUAGCAUUAGAAAAUAAUAUGAAGACACCAAAAUCAUUCGGCAAGCCGUGCGGUGUUCUUAACAUUGGUAUGACGAUCAUCGUGUUGCUGUACGUAGCGGUCGGUGCGCUGGGCUACGUGUUCUGUGUGUCGGACUGCAGUGAUUCGGUCACGUUAGACUUGCCUAAGCACCCGCUAGCAACAAGUGUUAUUGGAAUGUUUGCGGUAGCUAUCUUCAUUAGCUACGGUUUACACUGCUAUGUGCCAGUAGAAGUCUUAUGGAAAGGGUAUAUACUACCUAAGUUAGAUAGCACUUCGUCUCCCACCAAAGUGCGAUGCUAUGAAUACGCUCUAAGAAUUGCUUUGUGUUUACUUACCUUUGUUCUAGCAGUGGCAGUACCACGUCUUGGGCUAUUCAUUUCAUUGUUCGGAGCUCUCUGCCUCUCUGCCUUGGGGAUAUGCUUCCCUGCUCUAAUGGAGUAUUGUGUCUCUUUCCCUCUACGCCCGAGUACUUCACGCACUAUCUUAUUCGCUAAAGACGCAUUCUUAUUUGUCUUUGGCGUGGUAGGCCUAGUCGCUGGUACCUAUACCGCGUUAGUGAGCAUCAUACGUUCUUUCGCCCCAUCCGACUCU